ACAAGGUAGGACGCUCCGCAAAGGGCUUUGGGCUUUGGAGGGGGGCGAAGUCAAAAGCAAAUGGAUACCCAUCAACUGUAGAAGCUGAUCACAUUACGCGCGAAUAUAUCCUACUCCUUUUUCAAAUCUACAAGUAUCAAACGCCAUGCGCGGUGUGCGCAAGUGUUGCUUUUGCCUUCCAUUGAGGGCAGGCACGUUCGUGCUUGCCCUGUUUAUCUCGACAUUCAGUGCUGGAAACGUCAUUUGGCGAAUUUCGCAUAGAUCCGAAUGGGACACUUCGGUUUUUGGACCUUGGCCGUGGAUACAGUGGGUGGCAGUAGGAUUGGAUUCUCUAGUGACCCUCGCUGCUCUGAUGGGCGCAGUUGGAGUGGCACUGAACUCAUACAAACUCGUGACUAUUUGGGCCACUGUGCACAGCUUCAUAUUGGGGACAGCGCUCAUUCGUGCUGUUGCACUACCCAUCUUCAUGGUUGUCCGUCGAAACCAAUUGGUUGAAAUGUGCCAAACUCGCAAUCCUACCGACAGAGGCUCGUGCCAAACCGCCGUCAACUAUGCGACUAUGUUUGUGGCUGUUACAGGUCUAUUUAGCUUCCUGCUUUUGGUGUACUUUUACCGCUGCAUCCAGUCGUACCGCUGGCGCCUGCAAUCCGCCGAUUAUAAUGUCCUCAAAGAUCCCGAAAGUGGUACCGAUCCUGCUAACGGGCAACGUGCUGUCGACAACCCUUUUAAACAUGCCAGUGCUCCUACCCCCGAGGGCAAUGUCGAUAAGGAAAAGUCGAAUCCCUAUCCUUAUUCGAACGGGGAAAAUAUGACCCACAACACGGCCUUCCAGACACAUUCAAACUUGACUGCCAAACCGAAUUGGGAGUCCAUGCCGCGGCCAUCCUUCGUCUCGGACCACGGUCGCCCUUCCAUGGGCGAAGAUCCUUUUGAAGAUGUGGCUCUUCCUAGAGAGUCGGCGGACUUUCAAAGGCAUGAGUACAUGCAACCAGUAGGAGCGGUAUCGCUUAAUGACAGAUCUUGGCGGUAGGUUAUUGGGGAUAUAGUGCUGGUGAUCUAUACCACCGGAUGGAUGUGUAGCUUUAUGUUCGCUCUGGGACGGCCACGAAAGGGCCAUGUGUACAUAGUUGUAUUUGAGCUCGGAGACCAGUAAAACAAUAUUCAUUCUUGUCGUUGGUUUAUUCUGGCAUGUGUUGUUAUAUGUGGUGUGAGUAAGCGGAAUCGUGGUAUCAUUAGAAGUCUAAAACAAAUAUCAAAUAUUUCCGCUACGAUGGUACUCGCUA